AUGGUGAUUCCUUCCACCCCCGACAACUCCAGCAGCGUCCACAGCGCGGAGAAGCCAGUCUCGACAUCAGAACCCGCUCGAACGCUGAGCUUGAUUGACGACUACGACGACGACUCGGAGCCCGAGAGUGUCGAAUGGGACUUCAGCCCCAGUUCGCGGAGGCACAUCCCGUCGUGGAUACCGGCAUCACCGGUACCGCCUCGGGUGGAAAUAUUGGACUUUGACGAGGCGAGUCCGCGGCGCCGCGAUUCGGAAAUCGGGCCCUUGAGGUCGCCAGGCAUGCACCACUUCGAGACACUGCCUGCUCGACGAAACAACCAUAUGGAGGUCAGCUAUGUGGGAGCCAAGGACCUCUACCAUGCGACGGCGACAUCGAUCGCAAACUCAACGCGCAAGAAGGCGGCGGCGGCAUCAUCAUCAUCACAAGCCAGUAUUGAGUCUGGACGGGACUCGAGCUUGCCGCCUAAGAACAGGAUGAGCUUCGCGACAAAGGUAUUACAGUCCGGCAGGAAGCGGCCGCCCAUGGGCAUCAACACGACGCCGCAGUCGCCCCUGUCCAUGUGCCCUCCGACUGUCUCGGCAACAGGCAAGCAACCGCUGAGGGGGGCAGGCCACCCGGAUAUGCACGCCCACUCGAUGGACGACGACCGUCUCCGGGUGAAGUACUCGGACGCGCUGUCCCGCGUCUUCAGGUGGAGCGGCGAGCACAGGAGGGUGAUCUCGGAGGGCACGCCGCCCGUCGACGCUCCGCCGUCAACGUCGGAGCCUCCGGACUCGCCUUCGCACGCGCCGAGUAAGACUGCCGGCCUUCGGUCGGUGCAGGGUAUAGCGGCGCAGUUCAAGCGGACGGCGAACUCGAUGGUUUUGUCCAAGGAUGAGCGACGGAGGGAGAACCUGAGGCAGAGCAUCCGGAUGAUACCGGAGGGCAGCACGGUCUAG